AUGGGAAACGAAGUAAAUCAAAGUCCAGCGGCGGCCACAGCUCGUGAAUUGAUGAAACAAAAGGAUGCCAUCGAAAACAAAAUUAAGGAAUUUGAACAAGUUUUAAAUACGCAAGGAGUAGGAAUGCAUGAACCUUUAGUUGACAGUUCUGGGUUUCCGCGUUCUGAUAUUGAUCUAAUGACAGUGAGAACUGCUCCAUUACAAAAUGAUCACAAAGACAUUAUGUCUCGGAUAGAAUCUGCGCUUCAUGAGAUACACGCUGAAAACAAUGCAAACCGUCGACUUGAAGAAACUA